AAUUGAAAUCAUGAUAUCAGAUGAUAUCAAUAAACCGUGCAAUAAACAAUGACAGUCUCUAAAAUUAUAACAUCAAUGAAUUAAAAUAACUACAAUGGGUGAUAUUGAAAACAGUCAAGUCGAAUUGACUAUAAACAGACCGAUUAGAAUUAUACAUUUUAGUGAUGGUACUCAGGAAGAAAUUGAAGAAGACACCGUAGACGGAGUAAGCAGUGCUAAACCUGAAAAUAAUGUUGAUCCAAAAUCUUUAGCAUGGGCACCAUGGUUUUCCUAUUACGCUUGGAAAUCAGGCACAAAAAUAUUAGACGCAGUGGACUAUGCUGGGGAAAGCUUAGCUAAUUUUUUCGGUAUCACCACACCCAAAUACCAAAUAGAAAUCAAUGAAUAUGAAAGAAUGCAGGAAGAAAAGAAAAGUUUAGAGGAAGAGUCCGUUGGUUGGGUUCCAAGGAAUGCGGGUGGCAAUAUACCUUUAGUAUUAAAUGAGCCUGGUAAAGGGAAUAAUAAUCAACCUCAGAGUCAGUGAGAGAUUAUGCUCAGCUUUUACUGUAUAGAAAUGACUGCAUUUUGGAUAUGUCAUAAUUUUUUAAUACUGUCUUAGAAUUAAUUAAUUUAUAGCUUUUAAACACUGCUUGAGUGUUAAAAAUUAAUAAUAUAUAUAUGGCUAUUGCUUAAUACUAUUAAUUAUUUUAAUACAUUAAUAAUUUAACAGUGAUUCAAAUGGGUAACUGAUACACAACAUAUAUAGAUAUACCUUUUUAUCAAAUAUUUUGUCCUUGCUAUGAAAUGUAUGUUUUGGUAUCACAUUUAUAGGAAAC